CCGCCAAAAUAUUUCCAGCAGCUUCUAUUUUCCCUCCUUACAAACCUGACCUCACUUCUCUUCCCUUUUCACAUCAAACAAACACAUUCAAACUCUACCAUCUCACUCAAACCCAUCCUUCAAUCCUCUACAAUGGAUGAUUUCGAUGUCAUGGACAUGGACAUGGACAUGGACAUGGAAAUGGACGUUCCUCUCCCCGAAGAACUCGAAUUACUCGAAUCAACCUAUCGCACUUACGAACAACAACCCGAUGAUGAUGACCACUACUUUUACAAUCCUCCCGAAGACGAACCCGAACCCGAACCAGAACAACAAUCAUCGCCAACAGAUCUCGUUAACAGCCACAAGCGUUCUCGUUCGAAUUCAGAUUCGGAUUUGGAUUUGGAUUCUUCUGAUGUUGAAAAGAGUGAGAAAGUUAGGGUUAGGGUUGCGGAAGAUGCUCCUGCAGAAGAAGAGGAUUGGCUUCGGCCACCUCCGACUUCGGAUACAGUCGAAGAAGUGAGAUUCUCCAAGGAUAAGACGUUAUCGCGAUUUGCGUCGGAGAUUGAUGGUGAAGUUAUGACGGUUACUGCGCCGAAUGGUGAUAGGGUUUAUACGAAGCUGGAUAGGUAUUACGGUGAAGAUCGAGUUAGGAAGCUGAAUUGUAGAGGAGAUUCUUCUGAUCUUGCUGUAGAACCUAUUAGUGUUUUGUUAGAAAGGUUAGAUCAAGAGAAUUUCGCUAAGACCUUGGAAGCUAGUUCUGAAAGCCAAAGUGUUGUAGAUGUUCCUGAAACACUAACGGUCCAUGAAAAACUUUGGGUCGAUAAAUAUGCUCCCAAGUCUUUUACUGAUCUUCUUAGCGAUGAACAGACAAAUCGCGAGGUACUCUUGUGGUUAAAACAAUGGGAUUCUACCGUGUUUGGAUCUGAAAUUCGAAGUACAUCAGACGACGUUUUGUCUGCUUUGAAACGGCAUUCUUCUAUAUCCCAUAAACCGAAACCUCUAGCUUCGAAUUUUCCAAGAACAAAAGGAGGGCACAAUUGGAGUAGUAAUAGUUCUUCAAAUUUUUCAAGAACAAGAGGAGGGCACACCUGGAGUAGUAAUAGUAGCAGGUAUACAAAUUUUAAGAGUACAGAUGAGAGUGGUAGUUCAAAUAGUUUUCAGGAUACACGCAAUGCGAAGUCACGGAAUACCGGUGCACCAGAACAGAAGAUCCUUCUGCUAUGUGGACCACCAGGUCUGGGAAAAACAACACUUGCACAUGUAGCUGCUAGGCAUUGUGGAUAUCAUGUGGUUGAGGUUAAUGCCAGUGAUGAUCGUUCUACAUCAACAAUUGAAGCAAAAAUCCUCGAUGUGGUUCAGAUGAACUCUGUCUUGUCUGAUUCAAAGCCAAAGUGUCUGGUGGUGGAUGAAAUUGAUGGAGCCCUUGGUGAUGGAAAGGGUGCUGUGGAGGUUCUUUUAAAGAUGAUUUCUGCUGAAAAGAAGCCUGAUGCAGGGAAGCAAAGUUUGGAUAAAGGACAAAUGGAAAGGAAAUCAUCAAAGAAGGGGCGAAAAACGGCAUCCCUGUCAAGACCUGUGAUUUGCAUAUGUAAUGACCUAUAUGCACCUGCCUUAAGAUCAUUACGCCAAGUGGCCAAGGUUCAUAUAUUUGUUCAACCAACAGUUAGUCGGGUGGUAAGCAGACUAAAAUAUAUAUGUAACAAGGAGGGGGUGAAAGCCAAUGCCAUUGCACUCAGUGCUUUAGUGGAUUAUACAGCAUGUGAUAUACGCUCAUGCUUGAACACUCUCCAAUUUCUCUCUAAGAAGAAAGAAGCCCUCAAUGCGUUUGAUAUUGGUUCGCAAGUUGUUGGUCAGAAGGACAUGUCAAAAAAUGUUCUCGACAUCUGGAAAGAGUUGUUCCAAAGAAAAAGAACGAAAAAGAUGGAAAGAAAAUCUCUUAAUAGCAAGUUCUCUGAAUUUGACACCUUGUACUCCCUUAUAUCAUACCGUGGUGAUAGUGACCUGAUUCUGGAUGGAAUUCAUGAAAAUAUUCUGCAGCUCAAUUAUCAUGAUCCAGUUAUGCAGAAAACUGUCAAGUGUCUCAACAGUCUUGAAGUUUAUGAUCUGUUGCAUCAAUAUAUAAUGCGUACACAACAAAUGGCUCUCCUUGUUCAUUUGCCUCCCAUAGCAAUUAUUGUACAUCAUACAGUAGCCCAAGUUCAGAAGCCAAACAUUGAGUGGCCAAAGUCAUAUCACAGAUAUCGAACAACAAUGAUGGAAAAGAUGGACAUUUUGAAUACUUGGCACCACAAAAUAUCGCCACAUAUUGCAAGGCACUUAUCACCUACUUCCUUUGUUGAAGACUUAAUUUCUCCAUUGUUGGACAUUUUAUCCCCACCAUCCAUAAGACCGGUGGCAUUACAACUACUGUCGGAUAAGGAGAAGAAUGAUAUUGCUCAAUUAGUUAGCACAAUGGUCUCAUAUGCUAUCACAUAUAAGAAAAUGAAAUCAGAUGCACUGCCUAAUACCCUGAAGUAUGAAGUAGCAGAUGAAUUGUCUUUGUCUCUUGUUCCUUCUAUCGGUAGCUUUAUAAACUUUAAGGAUUAUACAUCAAACCAUUACGCGCUUUCUUUACCUAUGAAGCAGGUUUUGGUGCAUGAAGUUGAAAAGCAAAAGAUUUUACAAGCUAAUAUUAAAACUGCGACUUUAACAAAUGGAGGGCAUGACGCAAUUGAGGCUGGAAACAAAAACAACAUCCCAUUUGCUAAUACCAAGAAUCAUGCAGCUGCACUUGAUAUGAAAACCAUUGAAAGUCAACCUAAUGUUUUAGCAAGGAAAUCAAAUGAACAUCCGAAGACAGUUUCACCAAACUUGAAUCCCACUAAAAUUCCAAAUGCAACAAACAAGACAAAACUGCUAGACAUGGCAAAUAAGAAAAAACCAUCUAGGAGUUCCUUAAAUUUCUUCGACAGGUUUAAGAAGUCAAGUGUUAAGGGUCUCCAAAAUGAUGACAGAUCUCUACAGAAAGAAACUACAUCAGAGAAAGAUCGAAGCCCUUUACUUUUUAAAUUUAAUGAGGGUUUUACAAAUGCAGUCAAACGGCCUGUUCGAAUGCGCGAAUUUUUGUCCUAGUAAUUCUUUCAUAUUCAUCAUGGAUUGCAUUAGUGUUAUCCAUUAUACACAAAAAAGUAUACUAGUAUAGUUAUCAGUUUGGUAGCAUGUGUCAGAAUCAAAGUUUUCAAUUAUGACAUGCUCUGACAGAGUACAAUCACCUAUAUUAUUAGUCUUUAGUCAUGGUGUUUUCCUUGUAUAUUCAAUUAUGCUAUCGAAAAGAAAGCCAGUAUAGUGGCAGACAUGUCAACCAAGAGUGUAUGAUUGACUACGUCGCACGUCUAAGAACUAAUCACUUCUUUAAACA